AUGAAGGCCUCACUCCUCGCCCUCCUCGGCGGAGCUUCCGCUGCCCUCGCGCAGGUCCGCGGUUUCAACUAUGCUUCCCAGGGUCAAGACUACAACGGCUUCGCCAGCCAAUUCAAGACUGCUGCCGCCCUGGCUGGUGCCGACGACUUCACCAGUGCAAGACUGUACACCAUGAUUCAAGAUGGCACCACCGACACCGUCAUUGAUGCCAUCCAGGCUGCCAUUGACACCAAGACCACUCUGCUACUCGGCCUGUGGGCUUCCUCCCCCCAGGACACCUUCAACAACGAACUUACCGCUUUGAAAUCCGCCAUCCAACAGUAUGGUUCUGCUUUCGCUGAUCUUGUUGUGGGUAUUUCGGUCGGCAGCGAAGAUCUCUACCGAAUCUCGCCAAUCGGUAUCGCACAAGGCAGCGGUGUUGGUCAGACUCCGGAUGUUCUUGUAGACUACAUUGGUCAGGUUCGCGACAUCAUCAAGGGCACAGCCCUCGCCAGCAAGCCUGUCGGUCACGUCGACACCUGGAACGUGUUUACGAACAGCUCCAAUGCCGAGGUCAUCUCCAACUGCGAUUUCUUGGGUCUGGACGAGUACCCAUACUACCAAACGGCCGAUGAUAACCCGAUCGGCAAUGCUGGUGACCUUUUCUUCGAGGCCUACGACAAGGUUGCUAAUGUCGCCGGAGGCAGACCUAUUUGGGUCACCGAGUCUGGCUGGCCCACUUCUGGUCCGGUCUCUGGCGAGGCCGUCGCCAGCGUUGACAACGCCGAGACCUACUGGCAGGAUGUUGCAUGCGAGCUUGAACACCGGGGCAUCGAUUUCUGGUGGUACAUCCUUGCUGAUGCUGGCGCGACGCCAUCCUUCGGUGUGAGCAACAACGGUGUGCCGCUUUACAACCUGGCCUGCAAUGCCACCUCCGGCCAUACCUCCAACUCAACCUCCUCCACGUCCACGACUUCGUCCGCUGCUGCCAACUCAUCGUCAACUGCCACUGCCAGCGGCUCUCAGACUUCGAGCACGUUGAACGGCACAGCCACUUCCGCCAUCGGUGGAUCUGGUAGCUCCGGAACUGCUACGGCGGCCGGCUCCGCCAUCACAAGCACUGUGGUCGCGACCGCUUCUGCGGGUAGCACUGCCUCUGCCUCUGGCACCGGCUUCAGCUUUGCUACAGGUGGCUCCUCGGGUGGUUCAAGCGCCGGCGAGAGUGGCACCGCCACCUCAACUGGUGCAAAUGCCGUUUACACCGGUGCUGCGUCCAAGGUCGAAGGUUCGAUUGCCGGCCUUGUGAUUGUUGCUGGUGUGGCUGCCUUUGCUCUAUGA